AUGGUUGAUCAGCACAAUUCCAAGUGGCUCGAGGAUCAGCAAGGGCAUAUUUUGAGAACGCUGAUUGAUCAGCACAUUUCCGAACCGCAAAACACCGAGUCGCCAUCCAUCAACGAACCUCAGCCCGGCGACAUGUUCCAAUCCAUCAGCAAGCGUGACAUGAUUCUCCAGGAGGCUCGCGUCGCCUUACGUGGGGAGCGCCUUCCCUAUGACUAUGUAAACGGACUCCUCUACUGCGUCAUCCGCGGCAUACGACACAACGAAGCCUUUGCCAGGUCUCAAGAGGUCGUGAAGCAGUGCAGGAAGCUUCCCGAGAGCAACUUUGCUCGGGCACGCAAUGCCCGGCUCAUCAUGAGCAACCAGAUCCCGAAAAUGGCAACGGACGACGCCAAACCCUACUGUUUCUGGCACCCCGACAUUCCCAGCGAAAGGACAAUCCGUCGGCUGGUAAAUCACUAUCCCGACAUGGCAUAUCUUGCUGGUCGGGCAUGCGCCGUGGCAGGAUACCAUGAGUUGUAUCAUGAGCUUGACCUCCUUCCCGAGGUGUCGAUUGCCGAAGAGGCUAGGGAACAAAAUAACCCAGGAUCCAAGGCCAUCUUCGAGCACAUCAUGAAACAGCCGGUUUGCUACGCUGUCUUGGACGACUACACCAGGACUAACAAUUACGAAAACCCACGGUGUCCGGCCUUUAUGAACGGAGAUACAGCCGUCCGAUCAACGCUGGACGUGACAGUCGCCCCGGAGGAUUAUUGGGGUGAACAUUAUUUCAAUCUGGACAGCGACGGGUUUCCGUUCGACAUCACCGAGGACGGCCACAUUGGCGAGGUCACGACGCACACAUCGUAUAAUCAGGCAGAGCAGGGAACACUACCGCCGGAACACGUCGAGCUGCUUUAUUUACCUCUGCCCCUGCAUCUGCCCACCAUGGUCAAAGACCCGCUGAUCAUCAUGGCCGCUUAUGAAGGCAACCUGGACCGCUAUCUCCGCUUGCGUCGGCCGCACAUGAUCAUGGGCGAGCACGGCGCCGUCCUUCGCGGGAUAUACCACAACACCACAUUUGCCAAGUGGUGGUCGCUUCAGCCACGGGAUGGACACAACUCGGGGUUUAUCCGAGCAGCCACCCUUGCGCGUUUUAUCAUGGUCAACGACCUGUCGCACAUGACGGAAAACGAUCCCGAUCCCGAAGCCAACCACAAUGAGAUCCCCGGCAUGAUCUGGUGGCCACUCGUCCCCGCCGAGAGAACGCUCGAGGUCCUCGCCAAACGUCGACCGGACAUGCACCUCCAAGUGGCCAUGGCCUGCAUCGCCGGAAACUACAAGGAGCUAUGGGACAAGCUGGCACCGGAGCCAUCCAAACAGCUGUGGGACAUGGCUACUUCUCAGCGCGAUGCUAGCGUCCGGAACCACUUUGUCGAGUACCUCGAGCGUCGUGCUUCCGAGCUAGGACAAGUGGCAGACGACCGCCCCCUCCCUCAGGGCCUGGUUACGGAGUGCGACUAUCCUGCGCACGACUGGUGCUGGGACGCAGCGAGAGUCAUCAAGGAACCGUUUGAUCCCUUUUUACAGUACUCCCCGUGCUUUCUGCCUAGGGAUAUUGUCAUAAAGGAGACGGACGACCGUUUUGAUAUGGAGAACAUCUAUGGAGCAUUCGAGCAGCCUUGUAUGGCUAGGUGGGAACUCCGUAUGUGUGCGACGGUGGAGACGAUGGCCAAGAUACCGGACGGUGAGGAUGGCUUGAGGCUGUAUGAUGAUUGUGGUGAUGAUGAACAGGGGCCGUCAACCAAGGACACGGAGACGAAUAAUUCCCUAGAGGUAUCUUCGAAAGAAGCGGAUGACGACGACGUGGAAGCAAGCAGCCAGGAUAACGACGGGAACAUAACACCACGGACCGAUCAUGAUCCAUCCUAA